AUGCAUGUCCUUUGGCACUGCCCUACUGCUAGUGAUGUGUGGGUCGAGGCUCUUCGAGCAAUUCAAAAGUGGAAUGUAAAUGAAGUUGACCUACUAAAGCUAUGGGAGGAUUUGGCAGGGAAGUUGAACAAGAAUAAGAUAGAGGAAGUUGCAGUCAUCAUGAGGGGUAUGUGGUUACGAAGGAACAGAUUUAUUUUUGAAAAUAAAUUCUCUACCCCGAGAAGCAUCAUUAGAACUGCCAAAGAUUUUCUGAUAGAAUACCAUGAACUAGAGGAGGGGACAGCAAAUCCAGGCAGGCCUAACAAUCGAAUUUCAUCUGAAGAUUCCCAUAAAUGGUUACUACCAGGAGAAAACAGUUUUAAAGCUAAUUGGGAUGCAGCAUGUGAUAUCAAGCAUAGGCAAAUGGGGAAAGGAGUCAUCAUCAGAGAUGAAAAGGGGGAAGUCAUUGUAGCUUUCAGUGGAGCAAGAGGUAAUGUAGAUCAACCAGUAAUAGCAGAGGGACUUACACUCAGAAAAGCCUUGGAACUAUGCAGUGAUUUGGGACUUAACAAAGUGACUUGUGAAAGGGAUGCUCAGAACAUUGUGAAAGCCGUAUAUACCCUAGAUGAAGACCUGUAUUACUAUGGUAGCAUUAUUGAAGAUUCAAAAUCUUUUCUAUGUACUUGGUCCAAUUGGACAGUUCAAUAUACACAAAGAAACACAAACACAGUAGCACACAAUUUGGUUAAGGCAGCUAUACAUUCAAAUGUAGAGAAAGUAUGGAUAGAAGAGGCACCAACUUUUAUUUCUUCCUGUUUACAGAAAGACAAGGAAGGCUUUGUAGACACUAAUAUAUGA